AUGAGUAGUACCUACUGUGGUAACUCUUCAGCUAAGAUGAGUGUCAACGAAGUAUCAGCUUUCUCAUUGACUCUGGAGCAAAAAGCUGGCUUUGCUUUUGUCGGAAUUUUGUGUAUUUUCUUGGGACUUCUUAUUAUCAGAUGCUUCAAAAUCCUUCUAGACCCGUAUAGUAGCAUGCCGUCCUCUACAUGGGAAGAUGAAGUUGAAGAGUUUGAUAAAGGGACAUUUGAAUAUGCACUAGCAUGA